GACUAUGUAAUUAUAAACGAAGGAGUUUAUCCUCCUUUACAUCAACUUGCUUAUACUAAAAAACCUGAACAAUAUGCUAUUCCUGAUCAGUAUAUUGUUCGCACAACAUAUGGAAAAAGGAAACAUAUUGCAGAAUAUGUACAAUUAUUUGGAUUACAAUUAAAUAGUGUUUAUAAAGUUAGGAAAACAUUACUAUCCAAUACCUAUCUUAAUGCUCAACCUUUUAAUAAUCUUAGCAAUUCUACUCAACAACUAUUUGAUUCAGUUAAGGAUUUCAAAAAAAAUAUUAUUCAUAAUGAUGAUAAAGUUGAAAUUAAGCAAGCACGUUUUACUGUAAAUAAUAAACCAUUCGAAAUUCACUAUAGAAAAUUUAAUCAAAAAGAUUUAGAAGACUUGCAUUUAGCAGUUUUAAAAUCAUUAGAUAAAGGCAAAAUAUCUCAUGGUGCAAUUUCAAAUACGUGUCAAAGACUUAAUGAACAAAUGAACAAUUUAGUUCCUUUAUCACUUAUAAAUAUAGAACAAUCUGCUAUAUUGGAACUAACAAUAGAUCAACCACAUAUUACAAACUUUGAUAUAGUUAAUAAUAUAGUUGAAUCUGUUGGAAAAGGUGGUCAUCGUUCUAUAAUUGAUCUUUUAAAUUUUAUGAUUCCAGAAUAUGUAAAAAGAGAAUUUUUAAUUCCAAAUAAUACUUCUAUUAAACUUCGUAUAUCCGGAGAUAGAAGAAAUGUUGGGAGGAAGGUUCAACAUGUGGA